UCGGAGCAGCUGGUAGCAGCCUCCUGGGGGUAUCAGGCUGUUGCCCUCAGGCUCUGCCCAUUGUUCUCCCGUGUCAGCGGCGGCCGGUGACCCUCCUCCCUGCGUGCGCUGUGGUAACAAGGAACGCCUGCUCUCAGCUCCAUGUUUCCAGUAGGACGAUUUUAAACCUAACAUCCCGCGGGCUUCCGGUCUCGGUGGUGCGGGUGCCGGAGCGGGAUGGAGCGGCGCUGAGAGGCGGCUCCGCGGCGGGGACCAUCCUGCACAGAGAGUGGGGUGAAAGCCCCGGGCCUCAAUGGGCAACCGGAGCUGACACCCUGCUCCGGCCACAGCGGGACAAUGAAGCUCCUGAAACCCACCUGGGUUAAUCACAAUGGCAAACCAAUCUUUUCGGUGGACAUUCAUCCCGAUGGCACCAAAUUUGUUACUGGAGGACAAGGGCAAGAUUCGGGAAAAGUUGUUAUCUGGAAUAUGCCACCUGUCGCUAAAGAGGAAGAUGAGAAGAAUGAGAGUAUUCCCAAGAUGCUGUGCCAGAUGGACAACCAUUUAGCCUGUGUGAACUGCGUGCGAUGGUCCAACAAUGGAGCAUAUUUAGCGUCUGGAGGAGAUGACAAACUCAUCAUGGUGUGGAAGAGAUCAGGAUACAUCGGACCCAGUACUGUUUUCGGCUCCAGCAGCAAACUGGCGAAUGUAGAGCAAUGGCGUUGCGUCUCCAUCCUCAGGAGUCAUUCGGGAGAUGUAAUGGAUGUGGCAUGGUCUCCUCAUGAUGCCUGGUUGGCUUCCUGUAGUGUGGAUAACACGGUGGUAAUAUGGAAUGCUGUGAAAUUCCCCGAGAUUAUAGCUACAUUGAAGGGCCAUUCCGGAUUAGUGAAGGGACUGACCUGGGAUCCCGUGGGAAAGUAUAUUGCUUCUCAAGCUGAUGACCACAGUCUGAAAGUUUGGAGGACCAUGGACUGGCAGCUGGAAACCAGUAUAACAAAGCCUUUUGAUGAGUGUGGAGGGACUACCCAUGUUUUGCGUCUUAGUUGGUCUCCUGAUGGACAUUACCUGGUAUCUGCUCAUGCAAUGAACAACUCUGGCCCAACAGCGCAGAUUAUUGAGCGUGAUGGCUGGAAAACCAACAUGGACUUUGUGGGGCAUCGAAAAGCUGUCACCGUUGUGAAAUUCAACCCAAAAAUCUUCAAAAAGAAACAGAAGAAUGGGAGCUCCAGCAAGGCAAGCUGUCCUUACUGCUGCUGUGCGGUGGGAAGCAAGGAUCGCUCGCUGUCUGUGUGGCUCACCUGCCUUAAGAGACCUUUGGUGGUAAUCCACGACCUGUUUGACAAAUCUAUUAUGGACAUCUCAUGGACUCUGAAUGGCCUGGGCAUAUUGGUAUGUUCCAUGGAUGGAUCAGUAGCUUACCUGGAUUUUUCACAGGAUGAGCUAGGUGACCCACUAAGUGAGGAGGAGAAGAAUAAUAUCCACCAAAGCACUUAUGGGAAAAGUCUAGCCAUCACAACGGAGCCCCAGCUGCCCAACACCAUCAUAGAAAACCCUGAAAUGCUUAAGUUUCAACAAAGGCAACAGCCACACCAGGAUGUAGAACAUGGGGCCGCUGCUCACAGAGAUGCCCCAGCUCCAAAGGUGGCCAGUAUGGUAAAUGGCGAGAGUCUAGAGGACAUCAGGAAGAAUCUUUUAAAGAAACAAGUUGAAACACGGACAGCAGAUGGUCGGCGUAGGAUCACCCCGUUGUGUAUUGCCCAGCUGGACACUGGGGACUUUUCUACAGCGUUUUUCAAUAGUAUACCGAUAUCUGGGUCACUCGCAGGGUCUAUGCUUUCCUCUCAAAGCAACCAGCAGCUCAUAUCCCUGGAUUCCAACACUACCAGCUCAAUGGGGGCAAAGUCCAGCUUGGAACCUACAGGGAAUGCAAAACCAGCAGAAGAGACUGCCAAUAAAGAGAGUGGAAAUGCCUCCACCGUUACUCCUUCAGCCCCCACAAAUGUGUCUACUCAACAUAAAAUUGAACCCAUGAAAGCACUUGACUCUCGAUUCACUGAGCGAUCGAAAGCAACCUCAGGGACAACAGGAGUUCCGCACAUAAACCAGACUGCUACAGAAAGACCAAAAGAGCCAAGUGCUACAAAGGAAGUAAAGCCUCGUGAGCUCCUAGAAAGCAGCAGCGACAGUGAGGAAAAGAUUCUGGCAACCAAAUCUCUCUCAAAACGAAAAGCGGAAACUGAUGCGGACCUUGUUGAGAAGAGGAAGAAGGGGAGACCCCGAAAAGACUCUCGGCUCAUGUCUGUCUCUCUAACUGUGCAGUCUCAGGUGGCAUCAACAUCCGAGAAGGAGUUAUCAGGCAUACCAACACCAAUGGUAACACUUAGGUUACCAACGCCAGCCGCUCAGAAGACCUUUACCCUGCAAAUAAGCGCAGACCCCUCAAUUUAUAUUGAAGUAGAGAAUGAUGUCCGAGCGGUGGCAGGAUCGAAAUUGAGCCGGCUGAAAUGUAAUCGAGAAGGGAAGGAGUGGGAGACUGUUCUCACUAGCCGGAUCCUAGCAGCAGCAGGCAGCAGUGACGUGGUGUGUGUGGCCUGUGAGAAGCGGAUGUUAUCUAUGUUUUCUGGAAGUGGAAGAAGAGUGUUUCCUCCCAUCAUCCUGUCCUCUCCCAUCUCCACAUUGCAGUGUACAGGAUUUUAUGUAAUGGCUCUUACAGCAGCAGCUGCGCUGUUUGUUUGGGAUGUCCAGAACCAGAUAUCUAUUAUAAAGGAUGAGUCUCUACAGCCCAUCUUAUCAGGUAACGAUAUGACCGUGUCCCAGACCCUGCUUACCCAGAGAGGUAUUCCUGUGCUGAGUUUGUCUAAUGGGAAAUCCUACUGCUUUAAUCCUGCACUUUCCACAUGGAACCUGGUAUCUGACAGGCAGGACUCAUUGGAACAAUGCGCAGAUUACAGGAACUGUUUAACCUCACAGGAUGCUAUCAUGUGUUCUGGACCACUAGCCAUAAUCCAAGGACGAGUGUCCAAUGCAGGCAGACAGGCCGCUCGCCUUUUCACAAUGCCCCAUCGAGUGCAGCAGGAGACCACCAUGGCUCACCUUGAAGACCAGAUUGCGGCUGCCCGAAUGCUACAGUCCAGCCAGGAAUACAGAUACUGGUUACUCAUCUAUGCACGUUACCUUGUCAAUGAAGGUUUUGAGCAGAAGCUGCGUGAGAUUUGUCAGGAUCUGUUGGGACCUGUCCAUCACUCAUCUGACAGCCAAUGGGAAUCUAGAAUCUUGGGUUUCCGGAAAAGAGAGCUGCUGAAGGAACUUCUCCCACUUAUCGGACAGAAUCUUCGUUUCCAGCGACUUUUCACAGAGUAUCAGGAGCAGCUUGACAGCCUGAGGGACAAAUAACAUUACUUUGUUCACAUCAUUAUCCUCCUUUUUUUAGUUGUUCUCCUUUGCGUGCUUGCCUGCUAGUUUGGGAAAACAAACGGCAAAGCAGCGUCCACUGUGAGUAACAAUGGUGCUCAGAGGAAAAUGCAUGGACAUUAGGAGUUAUUUAAUGGAGCCACUCUAGCCUUUUGUUCAUCCGCUAGAAGCCCUGUGAUUGCUUGGUCUUUCUUGUUCAUUGGAAGACUGAAGAUUGCUGUUGACACGUUUAAAUAUGAAUGCGAGGAUGUUGGCCAUCAUUUGCAAGAAAAGCACAGUAUAUUAUUAAUACACUUGAAUCGCAUUGCCCCAUCUAUAUAUAGGUUUUUUUUCUCCCAUUGCUUAACCAAGACCUUGCACUAUACAGAUGUAACUGAUGGCUGCAUUGGAGUGUCAUAAUGCAGCCAAAUUUCACCUGGGAAUACAAGAAGAAUGCUGCCCUGUCACAGACUAUUUUUGUACUAGACUUUGCGAACUUGUAAUACACUUUCCACAGGCCAACAAUCAGAGCCUACAUUUCUGUUGAAUGUGGGAAAUUAUGAUCAUGACUGCUGUGUUUCAAUACUCCCAACAGCUGAGUCUGUACUCAUUCAGUUCUUAAUUUUUAAAUGUUUGUAAAAAAAAAAAAAAAAAAGGCAAAAAAACACAGGGUUUUUUUUUUUCCAUUCCUUUUCUAAC